CAAUCUCCUAUGCGCAUUUCCUGGCAUCCAGUUCACAGUUCCAGAUAAUUUGUUUCUGUACUAGUCAGGCAGUGACAGUCUACACUCAACAGUCGGCUGCCGAUAGCCGUAGUGGUAGGUUGGUUGAGUGCGAAGAAUGGCUGACUGUUUUAAACCAUAUGUUGUCUGUGUCGCUCGUCUUUUUGUUUUCGGUGACUUCCCUUUAUGGAUUUAAAGUUGACAGAUAUGGCUUACUGAUGCCCAACGUCAGGCCUAAUGUGCCGGAGCUAUAUCUUUGCACUCCAAUCAGAAUCAACUUCACUACCAACUACUACAUUGUGGGGUUUGAACCAAAUGCUACCAUGAAUACAGCCCAUCACAUGCUGCUGUAUGGUUGCACAAAGCCUGGUAGUAACAAACCUGUAUGGAAUUGUGGAGAAAUGGCCUCUACUUCAGAGCAAGAAUCAUAUGAGACCGCAUCUGUCUGUGAAUCUGGAUCCACGAUUCUGUAUGCCUGGGCCAGAGAUGCUCCUAAGCUUGAGUUACCGCAGGAUGUGGGCUUCAAGGUCGGAGGGCAUUCACCCAUCCAAUACCUUGUACUACAGGUGCACUAUGCUACCAUAGACAAGUUCAAAGAUGGCAGUACAGAUGAUUCUGGGGUAUUUCUGUACUACACGGAACGGCCACAGUCCAAACUGGCUGGAGUGUACUUGUUGGGCACAGCAGGCAUGAUCCCACCUAUGACCACAGAACACAUGGAGACUGCCUGUGCCAUCUCGGAAAACAAAACCAUACACCCCUUCGCUUUCCGAACACACACUCAUUCCCUCGGUAAGGUCGUCUCAGGGUACCUGGUGACAACUGACAGCCGUGGCAGACAUCACUGGACACUGAUCGGCAAGAAGGACCCUCUGUUUCCCCAGAUGUUCUACCCGGUAGCCAACCAGGUGUCUAUCUCAGAGGGUGACAUCCUUGCUGCUAGAUGUACAAUGGUCAGUGAACGAAGAACAGUCACCUACAUUGGUCAGACCAACAAAGACGAGAUGUGUAACUUUUACCUGAUGUACUACGUGGACGAGGGUGAACCAUUGGAGCAGAAAUACUGUUUCUCACGAGGACCGCCUCUCUUCUACUGGCAGAGUUUACUUAACAGCAUUCCCGACAAGGACGCGUCUACACUCGACUAGACCGGUAGAAAUUAUUAUUUAGUAACCGUAAAAGAUGAACUCUUCGAAUGCAAAAGGGAUAACA